AUGGAGGAUCGAGGAUCGGGGGCGACCACCAUGUCUGGGCCGGGCGGCCGUGUUGUGGCCCUGACUCUGCUGUCCUUCCUGCUGCCGUGGCAGGAAACGGCGUCCAUCGAGGUUCCACAAGACCAAAAGAUCCUGCUGGACCUGAAGCAGCCUCCCACCAUCACCAAGCAGUCAGUGAAGGAUUACAUCGUGGAUCCCAGAGACAACAUCAUCAUCGAGUGUGAAGCCCGAGGAAACCCCGUCCCCAUGUUCCAGUGGCGGCGGAACGGGAAGGUGUUCUCCACCGGGAAGGACCCGCGGGUCACCAUGAGGAAACGGUCCGGGACUCUGGAGAUCAGUUUCAGGAACGGGGGCCGGCCCGAGGACUACGAGGGCGAGUACCAGUGCUACGCUAGCAACGACUACGGGGAUGCCCUGUCCAACAAGAUCCUGCUGCGGGUGUCCAAGGCUCCGCUGUGGCCCAAGGAGGUUCUGGAGCCGGUGUCGGUUCUGGAGGGUUCCCCGCUGGUUCUGCACUGCAACCCCCCGCCGGGCCUGCCCCCCCCCUACAUCUUCUGGAUGGACAGCGGAAUGUUCCCAAUCCGGCAGGACAAACGGGUCUCCAUGGGCCUGAACGGGGACCUUUACUUCUCCAACGUCCGGGUUCAAGACGCCGAGACGGAUUAUUGCUGCAACGCUCGCUUCCUGUUCACCCACACCAUCCAGCAGAAGAACCCGUUCACCCUCAAGGUCCAGACCAGCCGGAGGGUAGCGGAGACCACGCCCACUUUCCUUUCACCUGCCGGAGCCGAGAGCAACAAGAUGGUUCUGAGAGACGAGGAGCUGCUGCUGGAGUGCAUCGCUGCUGGCCUGCCCACUCCCACCAUCAAGUGGUUCAAGAAGGGCGGGGAUCUCCCGGCCCCCAAGGUCCGGCUGGAGAAAUUCAACAAGACGCUGCGGAUCGUCGGCGUGUCGGAGGAAGACGCCGGCGAGUACGUGUGCAUGGCCAACAACCAGCUGGGCAGCAUCCGCCACUCCAUCUACGUGCAGGUCAAAGCCGCCCCCUACUGGCUGGACCAGCCGGUGAACCUGAUCCUGGCCCCGGAGGAAAACGGCCGGCUCAUCUGCCGCGCCGGCGGGAACCCCAAACCGGACAUCCAGUGGCUCGUCAACGGACAACCGGUGGAAAGCUCCGCCCCCAACCCUAACAGACAGGUGAUUGGCGACACCAUCAUCUUCCGCUCGGUCCAGAUCGGCAGCAGCGCCGUUUACCAGUGCAACGCGUCCAACCAGCACGGCUACCUGCUGGCUAACGCCUUCGUUAGCGUCCUCGACAUGCCUCCGAGGAUGUUGGGUCCCAAGAACCAGCUGAUCAAGGUGAUCCGGAACAACCGCACCUUCCUGGACUGUCCGUUCUUCGGGUCGCCGCUGCCGGCGCUGCGCUGGUUCAAGAACGGCCAGGGCAGCGGGCUGGACGGAGGCCACUACCGGGUCCACAUCAACGGCUCCCUGGAGAUCAAACGGGCCCAGACGGAGGACGAGGGAACCUACACCUGCGUGGCCAACAGCAUUCUGGGAAAAGUGGAGAACCAGGUCCGGCUGGAGGUCAAAGAGCCGACCCGGAUCAUCCGCGCCCCCGUCCACCAGUCGGCGACCCGCGGCUCCACGGCGCGGUUCGACUGCCAGGUGAAGUCGGACCCGAGUCUCCCCGUCACCGUCACCUGGACCAAGGAGGGCAAGGACCUGCGGCUGGGAUGGAGGGUGAAGGCCGACCAGGAAUCUCUCACCAUCUCCAAGGUGGAACAGAGCGAUGAGGGAGUUUAUUCCUGCACGGCUAAAUCUGCCAUCGACCAGGACUGGGCGGCGGCGCGGCUCACCAUGCUAGAGGAAGCCUCCCUCCACCCCUCCGUCUCUAGUGCCUUGCCUGCAGCCCGGCCAGACCCCCCCAUAGACCUGGAACUGUCAGAUCCAGCAGCUCGAAGUAUCAGACUCACCUGGAUCCCUGGAAAUGACAACCGGAGCCCCGUCUCAGAGUUCCGGGUCCAGUUCGAGGAGGAUAAGUGGGAACCGGGCCGGUGGCAGAACCUGUCCAGCUUCCCCGGAGACCUGAACUCCGUCGUCCUGCAGCUUCUUCCCUUCGUCAACUACAAGUUCAGGGUCAUCGCCGUCAACGCGCUGGGCGAGAGCCAGCCGAGCAGGACGUCGCCGCGCUACAAGACCAGCGGGGCAGCUCCAGACGCUGUUCCCCGAGGCCUGAGGGGUUGGGGCUCCAGGAAGGACAACAUGGAGAUCACCUGGGAGCCGCUGCUGGACCUGGAGAAGAACGGGCCGAACCUCCACUACAGCGUCUCCUGGAGACGGAAGGAUUCCGGUUCCGACUGGAACAACGUCAGCAGCUUCUCCUUCGUCCACGUCGUCUCCGACACCGACACCUACGUCCCCUACGAGAUCAAGGUCCAGGCCCGGAACGACUUCGGGGCCGGACCCGAGUCCAACGUGGUGGUCGGCUGGUCCGGGGAGGACAAACCCAGUGAGGCCCCCGCGGAUCUCCGAGUCUCCAACGUGGACGCCACCACGGCCAACGUCCACUGGAAACCCGUGGACCCGGAAUCCGUCCAGGGGGAGUUCAAGGAGUACCGGCUGUACUACUGGCGGGAGAACAGUCUGGUUCCGGGGCUGCAGGUCAGUAAGGAGAAGAAGACGAGAGGUUUCUACACGACGGUGAAGGAACCGAGCGGAAUCCUCACCGACCUCGUUCCGUUUUCCACCUACAAGAUGUUCAUGGUGACGGCGAACAGUCGCUACGAAGGCCCGCCGAGCAACAAGCUGGAGUUCAGCACCAGGGAGGGCGUUCCAGACGCUCCGAGCUUCUUCAGCAUCAAACCCCGACACCUGGACUCCCUUCACCUGGAGUGGGAGGAGCCUCUGGAGCCCAACGGCAUUCUUACUGGCUACCAGCUGGAAUACCAGACAGUCAACGGGUCGGAACUCGGCCCCUCCAAGCAGCUGACGUUUCCCCCCAACGUGACGGAGUUCCUGCUGCGCCUGCCGGACCGAAACACCCGCUACCGGUUCUUCCUGUCGGCCCGGACGCGGGUGGGGGCGGGCGAGGUCUACGCCGACGACUCCACCCACUUCACCAACGAUGCAAACUUUACCGAAGUUAAAGUUAAUCUUACCGACGCCUCCGUGUCUUCUUUCACUGCUACUCCUCCUCCUCUCGCUCCUCUUCCUCCCACUACCGUCGCUGCUACGACGGCUAGCCCCUCAACUACCGCCGCUACUACUACAACAACCGCUGCUACUACAACAACCGCUACCUCAACUACCACCGCCGCUCCUACGACUACCACGUCCACGACUACCACGUCCACCACCACGACCACCGAGGCUACCACCACCACCACGCGAUCGGCGCCAGCCACCAGGCGGCCCGAUCUAAACGUGUGGGCCGUGCCCGUCAUGGAGAUCUGGAACCUGACGGUGGAAUCGUUCAGCGACAGCGCUAACGUCAGCUGGAAGAGCAGCUUCCCUCCCGGCGGCAGCGAGUUCGUGCUCGAGCUAACGCUGGACAGCGACAACCCGGUGAAGGUCAUCACGGUGAAACAGGCCCCCACCAUGGUGAAGGACCUGGUCGCCGGGGCAACGUAUCACCUGAGGGUUUACUCGCACGAGCUGAACAGCGUCAGCAGCCCGACCGUCGUCUUCACCACCAAGACAGCCUACGUGGACCAGGUGGACGUGGCCACCCAGGGCUGGUUCAUCGGACUCAUGUGCGCCGUCGCCCUCAUCAUCCUCAUCCUCCUCAUCGUCUGCUUCAUCAAGAGGAGCCGGGGCGGCAAGUACCCAGUGCGAGAUAAGAAAGACCUCCCGCUGGACCCGGUGGACCAGAAGGACCAGGACGGAUCCUUCGACUACCACAGCGACGAGGACAACAAGCCCCUGGCCAGCCAGACGUCGCUGGACGGCAACGUGAAGGAGAGCGACGACAGCCUGGUGGACUACGGCGAGGGCGGCGACGGCCAGUUCAACGAGGACGGCUCCUUCAUCGGCCAGUACACCGUCAAGAAGGACAAGGACGGGGAGACGGAGGGCAACGAGAGCUCCGAGGCCACCUCGCCCGUCAACGCCAUCUACUCGCUGGCGUAGCGCUAGCCCUCGCUACGGCAACAACCCCCCCCCCCCCGAAACACAGCACCGAAACACCAAGAACCAACGUAGAAACAUAGAACCACAGCAGACAGAAGAGACAGAGACAGAGACGUUCCUGCCGGGACGCCGGAGUUGUCCACCGCUAUUCCACCGCUAGUCCACAGCUAGCCCACUGCUAGUCCACCACUAGCCCACUGCUAGCCCACCGCUAGCCCACCGCUAGCCCUUAAUUUCAGUUUCCUUGAGGCUAACGUAUGGACAGAGAGUUACGUUAAAUCCCCCGAUGGAGGCGGGGCCCUGACCUUUGACCUCUGACCUUUGACCCCUGACCUUUGACCCCUGACCUCUGACCCAUCCCUCCACUCCACCAGUGUUGUGUAAGUUCCUACUCCUCAUGAACCAGUUCAAAGUUCACUUCACAUUAAAAAUGAACAUUCAUAGUUCACCAUUUUCACUUUGAACCGGUUAAAAUUCAGUUCAUUUCAAUGUUUUUAGGUGAGAAGUACGAAUGAAACGUCCCCCGAUCCUAAAACUGUUCCCUGGAUACAAUCACGCAUCGUCCUGGUGGAACAUCGUGCUAUUUAUUCAUUUAUCUAUUUAGCAGGUGCACACUCUGCAAACAAAAGCCACAACAAAUUAUAGCGUUAUGUUUUACAAUCAAUUAUACGAGACCUUACAUUCUAUCACACAAAAUUGAUUAAGUUAUUGCCUAUAGCACAAAGGAUGUGGACAAAGGACCAUUUUUGUUUUGUUUUAUUCAUCUGUUGCAACAAUAUUGUUCCUCUAAAAAAAGAAGGAAUUUAAGACAUAUCAAAAAAUUAUUUUAGUGUAACAUAAGGUAAUUUUUGUCAAACAGCUCGAGGUGUUUUCCAUCUAAACCUCAAUUCGGAAUUCCUAUUUCCAUGUAAACCCGAAGGUAAAAAUAGUUUAAUUCGGAAUUAUUUAAUUCGGAAUAAUUAAUUCCGAAUUAAAAAACAUCAUGUGUUCAUUGCAUAUGCUGAUGAUACGCAGCUGUUUUUAUAAUAUCUGUGUUAGGCUCGAGAGAAGGAGGGCGGACCCAAAUGCAGGACAACACGAGCAAGGUUCAGGUAUAACAAAGUUUAUUAACAAAGGGCGCUCCACAGGAGGGAAGGAAGACAAACACAAAAUCACAGACAGAAAAAACGCGGCUGGAAAGUCCAAUAAAAGGCGCAGACAGGAGGGAAAGUCACAGCUGGAAAAAGUAAUCCAAAAGGACCCAGGAAGGGAAGGUCCAUGAACGGGAAACUAGGGAAGUCCAGGAAAACAGGCCGAGUACGGGGGUCUGAGCUGGAGAUAAUAUAACUAGUACUAGAACUGGUACUACAUCUGGUACUACUGGUACUACAACACUCAGAUAAAGGAGUGUUUGCAGAGAUCCCUCCAUCAGCUGUAGAGGGAAGAAGAAAGAAGAGAGCAGAUAAAGGAGUGUUUGCAGAGAUCCCUCCAUCAGCUGUAGAGGGAAGAAGAAAGAAGAGAGCAGAUAAAGGAGUGUUUGCAGAGAUCCCUCCAUCAGCUGUAGAGGGAAGAAGAAAGAAGAGAGCAGAUAAAGGAGUGUUUGCAGAGAUCCCUCCAUCAGCUGUAGAGGAAGAAGAAAGAAGAGAGGAGAUAAAGGAGUGUUUGCAGAGAUCCCUCCAUCAGCUGUAGAGGAAGAAGAAAGAAGAGAGCAGAUAAAGGAGUGUUCCAGAUAUCCCUCCAUCAGCUGUAUAGGGAAGAAGAAAGAAGAGAGCAGAUAAAGGAGUGUUUGCAGAGAUCCCUCCAUCAGCUGUAGAGGAAGAAGAAAGAAGAGAGCAGAUAAAGGAGUGUUUGCAGAGAUCCCUCAAUCAGCUGUAGAGGGAAGAAGAAAGAAGAGAGCAGAUAAAGGAGUGUUUGCAGAGAUCCCUCCAUCAGCUGUAGAGGAAGAAGAAAGAAGAGACCAGAUAAAGGAGUGUUUGCAGAGAUCCCUCAAUCAGCUGUAGAGGGAAGAAGAAAGAAGAGAGCAGAUAAAGGAGUGUUUGCAGAGAUCCCUCCAUCAGCUGUAGAGGAAGAAGAAAGAAGAGAGCAGAUAAAGGAGUGUUUGCAGAGAUCCCUCCAUCAGCUGUAGAAGAAGAAGAAAGAAGAGAGCAGAUAAAGGAGUAUUUGCAGACAUCCCUCCAUCAGCUGUAGAGGGAAGAAGGAAGAAGAGAGCACAACACCGCAGCUUGUGGGAGAGAGGUUUAGGAGCUGGCUGGGUGACGAGGCUGAGUGGUGUCAGGUGUGGAGAAGGUGAUUGGGUUCAGCUGCCCCUGGCCAAGCCUGACCAGGCUUUGGCGCCCUCUGGUGGAGGAAGGGUGUGCCAAACCCUAACAAUCUGAACAAGCGUCUAGAGACAACAUCUGUUGUAUUAGACGCUAUAUAAAUAAAAUUGAAUUGAAUUGAAUUGAAUUGAACAAGUUCCAAUGAAAUGCUGAAAACAACGAUAUGCGGCUCGAGGGGGUGGGAAUAAAACCCACAACCAGGAAGUCAAUUCAAAGCAGUGAAUCAAUCAAUUAUAUAAU